AUGCCCGAUUCAUUAGCAGUUCUGGUUCAACAACAACGUGAACAUUUAUCACAAUUACAAAAUCAACUCUUAACAAGUCCACAGAACAAUAUUUCGGUUGAUUUCUACAAAGAGUUGAUGGUCACAUAUUUAUAUUUGUCAAAAGUAACCGAAGCGAAGUUUCUUUGGGAAAAUCUUUCAUCACAAAUGAAAGCGGAUAAGGAUUUACAAUUUUUGGCGCAACUUGUAUCGUUACUCAAUCUGAAACAGUAUGGAGAUUUUUAUAAACUAUGCCAAACGUCAUUGGAAGGUGGUUCAUCGUCGGAAAUGAAUCACUUUGUUCAAAAAUUAGUUUCUCAAAUAACCAUCCAGAAUGUCCAACUUAUUGAACUUGCUUACAAAUCGAUUUCAUUCGAUGACUUGCAGAAACUAUUUGGUUUAAGUAAAAAAAUGGUCGAACAAAUUUGUAAUGAACGUCAGUGGCAAGUCGAUGCAGGUGGUGUUUAUGUUCUUCCAAAACGCAAUGAUGUGUCGACUGUAUCAAAUUCUAAUUUGGCGAAAUUAGUCGAACUUGUUUGUUUCUUAGAACGAUAA